AUGGCCCAUGAUCUUUUUUCAGCAAUUGAGACUCCACAUCCACAUUUCCUAGUACAUUUGGCUGAGGAAGAUCUAGACAUUGAAGAAGACAUUCUUAAAUGGCCACCCUCUGUUCAAGAAAUCCGAGAUGCCCAAAGAUCCAAUGGUCCAGCCACCAUACUAGCCAUAGGAACUGCCAACCCCGCCAAUGAAAUGUACCAAGCUGAGUAUCCGGAUUUUUACUUCCGAGUUACCAAAAGCGAGCAUAUGGACGAACUUAAACAAAAAUUUAAGCGCAUGUGUGACAAGUCGAUGAUCAAGAAGCGUUACGUGCACAUGACAGAAGAGUUGCUACAAGAGAACCCACACAUGUAUGACUAUAACGCCUCAUCGUUAGAUACUCGUCAAGAUAUUCUUGUAACUGAAGUGCCAAAACUCGGGAAAGAGGCAGCUGUUAAGGCCAUUAAAGAAUGGGGGCAACCAAGGUCUAAGAUCACCCACGUAAUCUUCUGCACCGCUUCUGGUGUAGACAUGCCUGGAGCUGAUUACCAACUUACUAAAUUACUUGGCCUUCGACCCUCCGUGAAGCGGUUUAUGCUUUACCAACAAGGCUGCUAUGCGGGAGGUACCGUCCUUCGUUUAGCGAAAGACAUCGCCGAGAACAACCGAGGAGCCCGUGUGUUGGUUGUGUGCGCUGAGAUCACAGUCAUCGGCUUCCGUGGGCCUACUGAGACACACUUGGACUCCAUGGUUGCUCAAACACUUUUUGGUGAUGGAGCUGGGGCUGUGAUCGUGGGUGCUGAUCCAGAUGAGUCUAUUGAGCAUCCUAUCUUCCAGCUCGUGUGGGCCGCUCAAACUAUACUCCCCGACUCAGAAGGUGCCAUCGGUGGGCAGCUUCGAGAAGCUGGACUCACUAUCCACUUAUCAAAGGAUUUACCAGGUCUUAUAUCUAAGAAUAUUGAGAAGGCUUUGGUUGAGGCAUUCAAACCUAUUGGGAUCAAUGAUUGGAACACCAUUUUUUGGGUGGCUCACCCUGGUGGCCGGGCGAUUCUAGACGAAGUCGAAUCAAAACUCGGGCUUAAGGAGGAUAAACUUAAAACAACUCGACACGUACUUAGCGAGUAUGGAAACAUGUCAAGUGUUUGUGUUUUGUUCAUCUUGGAUGAGAUGAGGAAGAGGUCAAUGAGGGAAGGAAUGGCUACUACAGGAGAAGGGUUAGAAUGGGGUGUGUUGUUUGGAUUUGGACCUGGCUUGACGGUUGAGACCGUUAUGCUCCAUAGCGUACCUAUAGCCAACUAAA